AUGCCCUCAGCUACAUCCCACUCUUCCGCAACCAUCUCACCCGGCACCGUGGAGAACUCCCUCGCCCAAAUCCUUGGGCUGAUUGAUGAAAUGGGCUUUGAGAGCUUUGACCAUCUUGCUACAACAUACUAUACAGCCUCUUUCUCUGAAGGCUCUCUCCCACGCUACGCCCAAUCUGCCAGUCGGAGUCGUCGGCUCCGCGGACUGCUAACAGAUCUAUAUACCAGUUCCAAGGACUGGGUGGGCAGAGAGGCGCAUGGAUAUUACGAGGGCCAGUUCCAGCUGCUAGAGACCGUCUGUGUGGAAGAACUCGGCGGGAUUUGCGUCAAGCCACAGCACUGUCUUGAGCCACCGGAUCAGUGCGAUGAACAACCACAGCAACGUCCGAAGCGGAUCCGUCGCACUCAAGCAUUUAUUACGAAUAUGAUUAAGCAGCUGUUUACAGAUGAUGGGGCGGAACAGCUGUUGAAGCAAGAUAGACAGCUUUUGAAAGAACAGGUACAUAAUUCCUGCUCCUUCGUUGUUUCCUGGAUCGUCUGGGGUGUAUUAACGGAGCCACUGUAUAGAUCCCAUCGCUCUGGUCUUUGCUCUCUCAAGUGGCCCAAAAGACGAAUACUGGCGCAGAAGAUUCCUCUCUAG